AAGGGAACUGAGGACAUCUCUCUGAGGGGAAGAAGUGAACGCUGAACUUAAGGGAAGGGUGACAAAAAACGAGUGAUCAUUUCAUCAUUCAAGUCAUUCCUUUCGUUUUGAGUUGGGAGAAGAGGACCAUUUGUCUUGUUCCUUUUUUUUUGUUGAAAACAAAGUUCAGCUGUGACAAAAGCUAUCAGCACGCCGGCGGUGACUGCUCCUACCCCUGACUGUGCGAUCUCUCUCUCUCUCAUCUCUCUGUGUUAUCUAUCUGUGCUUUUACUCUGUUGCUCUCUCCAGCUACCCCCUCUCUCGCUCUUUCUACCGCUCUCUCUCCUUCUCUAGGGCACACAUCAAUUUGUCAGAGAAAAGGAGAGUGCUGCUGUGUGUGUGUUUGUGUGUGUGUCUGUGUGUGUGUGUGUGUUUGUGUAACACAGAGACAUCAAGGGAGGAGGAGAGAUUAGGACCCACACAGAGAGAUCAUUGUCUGAGGGCUCACCAGUCUCCGUGCUGAAUUUCUGACGACUGAAUUUCUUAUUCUGUUCUUUUUAAAACAUUCUCUGAGGUACCUUUCUUCAUCAGUCUUGUCGCUUUUUAAAGAUCACUUGUUUGGGAUUGUUGCUGUCCGACCAACCAGCUACUCUGGCAGCUCUUAACUAUUAUCGUCGCUUCACCAUCACAGACUCUUCCCUCCGGGUGCUGCCCCGGCAGACAUUUGAACUUUGACCUCUGUUCAUCUCCGUCAGACUUUGUGAGCCAUCCCUCCUCCCUCCAGGCGUCAGGAUGUCGGGCUGUGCCAAGCGCUGCAAGCGGGGGAUUGUGAAGUUUGCCCUCUCCCUGCACAGGCUGGUGACGGGGACGCUCAUCAAAGAUAAGAAUGAUGAUGAUCUGGAGAUGGCCAUGGUCAUCCACCGGCCCGAGGGCCUUGACCAGAUGGAGGCCCAGACCAACUUCAACAAGAAGGAGCUGCAGGUCCUCUACCGCGGCUUCAAGAACGAGUGCCCCAGCGGAGUGGUCAACGAAGAUACCUUUAAACAGAUCUACUCACAGUUUUUCCCACAUGGAGAUGCCAGCACAUACGCACACUAUCUAUUCAACGCUUUCGACUCGGAGCACAGUGGAUCCAUCAAGUUCGAGGACUUUGUUAUGGCUCUGUCUAUCUUGCUGAGGGGUUCGACGAGAGAGAAGCUACAGUGGACGUUCAACUUGUACGACAUCAACAGAGAUGGCUACAUCAAUAAAGAGGAGAUGAUGGACAUUGUCAGAGCCAUCUACGACAUGAUGGGGAAAUACACAUACCCAGCACUGAGGACAGACACCCCAAGACAACAUGUGGAUGCUUUCUUCCAGAAGAUGGAUAAGAACCGAGAUGGAGUGGUGACAUUGGAUGAGUUCAUUCUCUCGUGCCAAGAGGACGAGAACAUCAUGCGCUCAUUACAGCUGUUUGAGAAUGUAAUAUAAGCAAAAAGAAGCACAGCCGACCAGAGGACAGGAGCAGGCACGACAGGAGUGAGCAGACAGAAGAAUGCAGAAUGGGAUCAGAUGGUCGAAUGACAAGCUGUGACAGAGACAACGGACUCUGCUUGGCUGUCUUUCAACAAUGCCACUAACAUCCCUGGCACAACACACAACCACAUUACCAUGGCAACAGUGUGGGGGUGCAGGCCCGACUUUUUCCAACCUUGACCUUGACCCCCUUGUUCCUUCGAAACCUCUUAUCCCGGUCAUUUGCUGUGUAGCUGUUCUUCCACGUUGUGUAACAGGGCACACCAAAGCUGCCUUUCCACCACAGACCCCAAUGGUUUUGAUCAUGAUUGUGAACUACUGCAGGAUAACAUCACACGCUUGACUAUGCUAGGCUAAUAUGAUCACACUGAAAUGCUUGACCAGAGGAUUAUGGGAUUGAUUACUGUUCUUUCGAGAGCAUUUACGUGUUGCAUGAUUCUAUGAUGAUGUAGGUUUUCACAAAUUGGUUACUUCAUAUGAUGGUUUGCAUUAUUUUGAAAACUAAACUCCAGCUAAUUAUGACACGCCUUGCGAGCAUAAUGGCCAAAUUCUCCCAGUCCUUAAUUCACAUAGUAAGGAGCAAAUAUAACUGCCACAGAUUUAGCACAUGUAGGCGUGUCGCCACUAAACACCUUACUUGUACCUUUUCCUCAUAUUCUUAGUAGCACAUUACUUCAGUAGCACAACAGGGAAAGGGCCUACAGUACGUGUCUGCUUUAGCAUGAUAACCAUUAGCCUCUAUGGUGGAAAGACAGUUUAUCACUGGCGUGACACCACACUGGUAUGUCAAAAUAAUUAUUGACAAUUAUUGUCAAAAGAAUGAUUGAAUAUUAUAUCCUACCUGUAUUGGAGACAAUCAAAUAACACUCAUUUACAUGCAGAUGAAUUAUAUUUCACGUGACCUAAACUGUACUGAAACUGUAGGCCUAAUGUACUGCUGUCCCUUUGUCAGUGUGUUCUCUGCUCAUAUAUUACACUCCUAUAAUCUUAUUGGACGUCCGUAAA